AUGUCUCAAGCAACAAAAGCGCGUGUGUCAAUUGAAUACUGCCCUAAGUGCCGCUGGAUGCUCAGGGCUGCAUGGCUGGGUCAGGAACUUUUGACUACAUUUGAAGAAGAAAUCGGUGAACUUGCAUUGAUCCCAGGAGGAAAUGCUAUUUUCCAGGUCAAGGUCAACAACUCAGGCAACAAAACAGCGCUGUUAAGCAUUGUGUUGGUAGUGGUUGUGUGGGAUCGUAAGCAGGAUGGAGGUUUCCCUGAAGUCAAGGAGCUGAAACAACGCAUUCGCGAUCUUAUUGCUCCCCACAAGUCGCUUGGACACUCGGAUCGCAAGCCAGUUAAGAAGGAAGAGGAAGAUUGUAAGACAUGUCCUGCCGUUUAA